AUGCCCCGGCGUCGGCCCAGCUCCUGUGCCCAGCAGGUGGCGCCCGAGGGGCUCCCCGGCGGUGGCGAUCGCGGACGGAGAGACCCGCCGCUGCCGAGGCUGCUGCUGCCCGAGCUCCGAGCAGCCUCUGGCGCGGGGGCCUCCGGGGGCUCCAGGGCUUCGGAGGGCGGCGCCGAGUGGUGGGAGGCCCCCGCGUGUGAGUCCUCGCCCCCGGUGCGCCUGCCCGUCCUGCCCACCGUGGCUCUGCGGGCGGCGCGGAACCGGACGGGGCUGAGGUCGCUGCUGCUGCCGUCCAUGCUCUUGGCCGGCGAGCGCCGGAACCGGCGCCCCGGGCCUGGACAGUGCGAGGACCCCCGCAGGGGCUCGGCCAGGGAGAACCCCGACUCUCUGGGCGACCUCCUAGGAGAGUCCCUCCCCGGGCGGUCCCGGCAGUUCCUGCGCCAGCUCAGGGCUCAGUCUGCGGAGCAGCCGCGACCACCGAGUGAGGCCCCUACGGCCCCCACGGGGGGGCUGAGUCAUUUCCGGGGACAGUCAGUGUACUUCAAGAAUAGUCUCCGGAAGAUUUUGCUCCAUCAGAUACCUGCCCUGGGGCCCUUCAGGAGAGAUCAUUCACAAUUCACCACGGUCGAGAAGACCAAUCAGCCCCCCGCUACACAGGCCCCCAAGCUCAAGGCCACGCUCACCCACAACUCCUCGGGGGAAGGCUCAGGGCACCGCAGGUGGUGUUGCCCUUUCCGCCUGCGGCUUGCGGACGAGACGCUACGGGACACAGCACUCCGCUACUGGGAACGCAGCUGUGCAGUCCGGCAGGGCAUCCUCGCGAACAGGACAGCUAGCGGGUCGGCGGCGUCGGAGCAGGUGUUCGGGAGUGUCGGGAGAUGGCUGGAGGGUUUGCCCAAAGCCCUGUAUCCCAGGGCCAAGGAGGACACCAUGGCCAACUCAUCCGGCUGGGACUUCCCUGGCCUAUCACAAGCUCCUAACUUUCGAUCGGAGUCCUUCCUGCCCAGCUUGGUGUUGCACACGGUCCUGAAACAAGGCUGCCCGAAGGGUCACCAGCUCCUCCUGCCGUCAAUAUCACGUCGCGCUCAGAGCCCAGCCUCCAUCUUUGACGGGAACCAAAGGCUGCUUGCGGACCUCCCCUGUGGGUACUUCUAUUUCCUGGAGACCUGCGGGUCCCGGAGGAGGCCUGAUUCUACUGCACCUUUCCUCGUGGCCUUGCACACACAGCCCACCUGGCCCUCUCCGAGCCUCAGUUUCCCCGGCAGAGCCGCGGCGGACCCCAAACCGGCCACCGGCUGCAGCGCCGCGCCGCGCCCACGCGGGGGCAGUGUUGGCCUGGCUUUGGCGCCGCCCGGCGCGGCCGAAACUUCUCAGCCUCUUGCUAAAGGGUCGGAAACUUUUCCCCUCGCGCGGCGCUCGCGUCUCCGGCCCCGCGCCGCGCCGCGCCGCCUCCUUCCACCUGCCCGAGUUCGCUGCCGGACCGCGGGGCGGGGAGGGGAGGCUCCCCAGCCCCCAACUUCUCUUUUUCGCUUUUCGUUGUUCAACCAAAAGACCGCUACGCUUGCAACUGCGUCGUCAGCCACGAGCACUGAAGAUUGA